AUGUCCAGCGCGCCGCCUCGCGACGCGGUUGCCGUCGACGGCCCCAACUGCGGAGAACAGCGCGGCGCCAACUGCACCACCCAGGCGUCUUCGCCUUGCUCGCCGCGACUUUCGUGCGCUUCUUCGACUCCUUCAGAGACGCUGCCUUCUUCGCGGCCCGAGGCAUCGAGCGGCUUUUCUGGAGAUGCGUCUCCGCGGAAUGGCGGGGGCGACGCAUGCAGUGCGUCGGCGACGAGUCGGAGAGACGAACGCGAGGAGGGGAAGACUGAGAGUGUCAAGGGUUGCCGAAAAACCGGAAGGCGGGGAAGGAGACGGAGACCGAGGGAGGAAGCAGGGGUGGGCGGAGACGGAGGAGCACAGAAGAGCCACAAAGCGAACAACGCGUGCGCCAGGGAGGCCGAGAAGGAAGAGUACCCGGAUCGAGACGAGCUAGGAGAAACAGAGAGGCAGGAGGAACCUGGGACGCCGACAGGCGAAGGGUGCGCAGUAGACGCCCGAGGUGAAAGGGAGACGGAAGACGCGCCGCCACCCUCUCUGCACGGUCAACCGAUGCAUCCGGCCGCCAUGGAAGAGCCCUGUUCUUCCUCCUCGUCACAGGGCGAGGAGCGCGAAGGAUCUUCGUCUGGUGUGGAAGUAUCGCCAGAAGGAGGCAAACACAGUGACGCGUCUUGGUUUCCAGACGCCUCGACACAACACACACCUUCAACUGAAGAGCCAGGCACCCUUGUCGAUAACCGGUCUUACUCGUCCUCUUCUUCCUCUCCUUCGUCUGUCCCUACGGAUUUCUCUGCUUCAGCUAUCGAUGUGCCUGUGUCUCGUGCGCUUCCUGUUUCUCGAGGGUGUGAUUCUCUCGCGCCUGUGGCAGCGGGGGGGAGUGCGACGACUGCCGAGGCUGGGGCUUCAGGUCUCCACCCCUCGCGUCUUUCGUCGGAGAUGCGCCGGCUUCUCCUGGAGUACAAAGUUCAGGUGUCUCCUCUUGCUGCGUCUCCGCGGCCCGCGCACCGAGUGUCGCGGCUGCGCAGUCCGCCGCUCUGGCCUUCGCGGCGCGAGGCGGCGCCCGACGCGUCGCGCUUCCGUCUGUCAUCCUUUGAGGCGCCGGCGCCCGUGCACGUGGACCUGUCUCUCUCCGCGGACGAGAUGCAUGCGUGCCCGUCUCUCGCCGCGCUGGACGACUCCUCGUCUCGAGCGGGGCCUCCGGUCGGCGUGCUCGACAUCGACAUUGCGCGGCUCUUGAGUCGGCGUUUGCGCAUCACGACGCGCGGCCCGAAGAAACCGUCCAGUCUCUCCCUCGCUCCAAACAGCCGCUGCGGCACCGAGCCGUGCUCGCCGCUUCGCGGGCCAGCUCACGAUGUAUAUACAGCUGAGCUGUCGGGGCAGGGGCUGAGUAGCGCAGAGGACGCGGAGAAGAUGGAGCGGCGCUUCGAGGAGCUGAGGGGACAGAGCGACGGAGGGGACUGUCGCCCUUCUUCGUUUCUCGCCUGGGGAUCGGCGCGGCCGACGGCGGCUCUCGAGGUGUCCGGGGGCGAGCUCUUGCGCCGCGGACGGAAGCGAAAGCGCGCAGCUGCGUUGCUCGACAAACUGCAGAUUCUCAAGUGUCUGAACUGCGGAGAAGUCGCGCGCGGCGGCUACAAGUUCGGCGACUAUGUGAUUUGCCGGUGCUGCGGCGAGAACAACUUCGUGGUCGUCCGCGAGUGGAGCCCAAGCGGCGAAGCGACCUCAGUCGGAAGGCCAGGAGACAGGGGACAGGUCGCAGGGACAGGCGGCGCAGACCGAGGUCGGUGCGACACCAAAAGAGAAAUGAACGGCAUGGACAGCAAAGACGAUGACAUGGGAGGCAAGAUGUUGGGAAGCGACGAUAGCUCAAGUGAAGACGAAGCCCCCAGCGCAGAAAUGUUUCAAUACUAG